AUGAUACCAGUGGAAUUUAUGCUUGGUUUUCUUGUUCAAGCAAUCAUAACACGUUGGCAGAAGAUGAUUCAUGAUAUUGGUUUCAUUGAUAGUUUAUCAUUGACAGUAGCUAGCUAUAUUCAUGGUAAUACGGAUUAUAGUCGUAUGAUACGACGUAAUAUCGUACGUUACGUUUGUUUAGCUCAGGUGCUUGCAUCACGAGAUUUUAGUAUUGCAGUUCGAAAAAGAUUCCCUACAAUUGAUUCGAUUGUUUCAGCUGGUAAGAUGAAUUAA